AUUCUCAGCUUUUCCUGUAGUUCUCUAUUCAUGUGGUUGCAGAGUCGUCUAACAGUUGAAAAUGGCUGCUUGAAGAAUAACGAUUAAUAUAUCUGCGAAAAUGUAUCCAGUUACGAUGGAAACUCUCGAUACUACUACAUUAUUUACACGGAUUACUACAGGCCCAAGAACAAAUUUAGAAAACUCAGAUUUAAAGAACAAAGCCUUAUUUGCCUGUAUCGAUUACGAUUUCACGAAGAAUUCGUUGUACCACGAGCAUUAUUAUUCAUCUGAUUAUAUUUGUCACACCUGCAAAGACUAUAUUUCUCCACACAGAAAUUUUAGAAGAACACGAAGAAAUAGCUUUCAGACAGACAACUAAUUACAUAAUAUUUAAAUUUCCUGAUAUAACGUCUAAAAUAGAAAAUUUGACAAUGCGUGAUAAUAAUGUACCUGAUCCUUCGCGACACAUCAAUGAUUACCACGAAAAAGAUGAUGAUAAAAUAUAUAAUUCACAAGAAAAUCCAUUUAAACCACGAACAAUUUCGGAAGAAUCCACUGAUUCUGAAGAUAGUUACUAUAUAGUCUUUGAAACUAAAUCAGAUACAAGGAUCAUGGACGAUAUUGACUACAAUGAGACAAGUUGCGAAGAUGAAGAUGGCGAAAACAAUGAGGAGUUAACACAAAAGGUGAAGUUUAAUUUGAUUCCAAUUGUGCAUAUCAUGGUUCAAUGGGAUUAUGCAUACCGAGCAGCCCGUAAAGGCCCAUGGGAAGAAAUGGCACGGGAUAGAGAGAGAUUUAAACGACGUAUAAAUUGCAUUGGGGCUGUUCUUAAUCCAAUUUUAGCAACUCAACACCGCACUCACGUUUGGCAGGAACGAUUCGCUCUUCGGAAAUAGUAGUUCUAUCUUUUUUAUACCGUAAGAUUUACGUUUCGUGUGUCAGUAAAGAGGGAUUAUCUACUCACGUGUAACAUGCAAUUAACAAAAGAAGAGUAAGGAUUAUAAGAAGAAUAAUAGGUUUAUAUAUAUAUAUAUUAACCUCUGUGUGUAAGUAAUAACUGCUGUAAUUACGUAUUAUACAUAAGUAGAUAAUCUUUUUUACUGAAAUAUACAAAAUGUAAACCUGUCUAAAUAUUACUUCUGCUUUGAAAACGUUUUCGUUUUCUUCAUUAAACAACAGUCAUAAGAAACAUGAGCCCUAGAAACGAAUAUAGCUGGUUAGAAGUUUUUAGUAACAAUUUUAAUUAUUAUAUUUUAAUCGUAAUAUAUGUGUGUAUAUACAUAAGAGAGGCCGGGGCUAAUUACACAGGGCAGGUAGGUACAUUUAACACAACUCUAAAAUGACAAACAAUAAUGCCGCAUAGAAAAUAUAAUAUUAUCACAAAAACAUUGUUAUGUUUUAAUAACCAUUUUUAGGUUGCACAGCAUAUUUUCCAUAUAUAUGUCAAUUACAAUAUAUAAUUUUAAUAUAUAUGCUUCGUACCAAUAUACAGUCUGUUUGAUAAGAGUGUGUCCGACGAAACUUUUACCUAUAAACCG